UAACAGACACGACCACUCAGGAUUCACCCAAAACACUGCUCAGCUUGUUAGAUCUCCCCAAAUACCCAAAUAUUGGUGUUCUAUAUUUCUUCAGAAAAAUAUAAUCUUUGUGUUUGGAUAUAAAUUAGAAUGGGUCGAUUCCACCACUUCCACCUGAUCUUAUUCUUACUAGUUGCUACAAUCUUGAUGGUUCAGGCGAUGGAUUGUGGAUCUGUAAAUGCAGAAAAAAACCCACAAAAACUGAGGCUGAGGGGUCGAGCCUUACUUGAGAAGGAGCAGAAAAGCAUAGCAGAUCCACCAUCAGAAAAGGAGAGUGAAGAAGCAGAAGCUCCAGAAGAAGAAAUGGAGGAGAAUAAAGUACAUCAUUCUUCUUCUGAUAAAUCAGCAGCUGGUGGGGGUGUUAUCAUUGGUGGCCUUGUUACUGCCAUUUUUGCUGCUGUUUAUUGCUACAUUCGGGUCACUCGAAGAAGAACAAGAACAACAAUUAACGAUCAAAUUAUUGUUUGAUUUUGACAUACAAAAGAUUCAGGUUGUUAGGAUGGAUUGAUUUGUUGAUUCUAUACAGAAAAAUUAUUACAAUAUGUUACAAAUUAUAAAUAGAGUAUAGAUAUAAAAAAAAAUGUUGGAUUAUA